UAGAGAACGAGAGUGUGCAAGAGCGGCACCGGACGUGACCUUUACUUUCCUGCAGCCCUCUCUCUUGCUCUCAUCGGCUUCCGGAGGCGCCAUCUGUGAGACCGAGAACAUGCCGACCGGCGACUAUGACUCAAAGCCCAGUUGGGCCGACCAGGUGGAGGAAGAGACAGAUGAUGUUGAACCCUUAAGUCCGGCUAUCCCUAUCCCUACCCCAGCCCCUAAAGUGGAUCAUUCCAACAUUGUCUUGGAUACACCACGAGAAGUCAUCAAUGGAAACAUCAAAACCGUUACAGAGUAUAAACUGGAUGAAAAUGAUAAGAAAAUCAAGAUUGUCCGCACUUUUAAAAUCGAAACACGUAAAGCUUCAAAGGUUGUUGCUCGCAGAAAGAACUGGAAGAAGUUUGGGAAUUCUGAAUAUGAUCCUCCUGGGCCCAAUGUGGCCACCACCACAGUCAGUGAUGACGUUCUAAUGACCUUCAUCACCAGUAAAGAAGAUCUGAAUAGCCAGGAGGAGGAGGAUCCAAUGAACAAGCUGAAAGGUCAAAAGAUUGUGUCUUGUCGAAUCUGUAAGGGUGACCAUUGGACCACAAGGUGUCCCUACAAGGACACACUGGGACCAAUGCAAAAGGAAUUGGCUGAACAACUAGGACUGUCCACAGCGGAUAAGGAGAAGGUUCCUGGAACAGGAGAACCUGAACCAGCCCAAGCUCCUGUAAGCAAAACCGGGAAAUAUGUUCCACCUAGUCUGAGAGAUGGAGGGAGCAGGAGAGGAGAGUCCAUGCAACCUAAUAGGAGAGCUGAUGAUAAUGCCACCAUACGUGUUACGAACUUAUCAGAAGAUACCCGGGAAACUGAUCUCCAAGAGCUUUUUAGACCAUUUGGGUCUAUCUCUCGAAUCUACUUGGCCAAGGAUAAGACGACUGGCCAGUCAAAGGGCUUCGCUUUUAUCAGUUUUCACCGUAGAGAGGAUGCAGCUCGUGCCAUUGCUGGUGUAUCUGGGUUUGGAUAUGACCAUCUAAUUCUCAAUGUAGAAUGGGCCAAACCAUCAACCAAUUGAGUCGGGAGCUGCUGUUUACUAGUAGAAGAUCCAUUUGUCACCUGCUGGGAAUCUCCCUUAAUAAAAGAAUUUGACGACCAAA